AUGGGCACGAAAAAUAACAUAAAUAAACCACCUCCACGUAAUUUACAAAAAGAAGGAAGAAUUAAAAAACGAAAUGUAUCAUCGAUCUUACGCAAAAAUGGGAUUGUAAAACCUAAUCAAUUAGUAAUACAUGGUAAAGGUAUAUCUAAAAAAAAACAGAAAAGGACAGAAAGACAGCUUCGAUACGAAAUAUGUAGACGUGUUGAAAAAGGUGAAAUGGUGCCAGAAAAAUUAAUCAAUGAAGAUAUGCCAUCCUACAUUAAUAGUUCUAAUAUUAAUAGUCAACAAACCGUAGAAAUGGACAUUGUAUCAUUAGGAUCUGGUACUAUAUUAGGUGCACCUUCUCUUGAACCUGAUCAAAUCAUUCCGGACAACUUUUAA